GCUCUCAAACAUUCAUGAAAAGCGCAACCCUAAGAAAGGGUAAACCUUGAUUGGGUAUAAAAAUGUACAAAGGAAAAAAAAUCCUACAUGGGUUGGGAUUUUGAUUUGGAUUUGGAUUUGCAUUUGGAGAUGCUUUAAAUCGCUGGUGAAAAGAUCACUCAUUUUUUAAUUCUAGCAAUCGAAACUGAAUAAGCAGCCAUGGAAGGACUGUUGUCUGCCACUGAUCAGCAGACGCUAGUCUCGUCCUUUCUGGAGAUCGCCGUUGGCCAAACGGCGGAUACUGCCCGACAGUUCUUACAGGCUACAAGUUGGCAGCUUGAGGAAGCUAUCCAACUUUAUUUUGUGGGUGGUGAUGGUGGGGUAAUUGCAUCAACUUCAUCAACUGAAAAUCCUAACCAAAAUCCAAGCACAUCAAGCAAUGUUGUGAGUGACAAUCAUGGUCAAGAAGGUGGAGAUGAAGUACGGCCUCCUUUACCAGUUGUUAGGGAGACUCUUUAUGAUGAUGCUAUGCUGUAUGGGGCAGGAUUUAUUCCACAUGAACCAAGUUCCUUGGUCGCAUUUCGUAAUUUUGGCGAGGAAGUGAGGCGUGCUGGUGUUUGGGAAUCUGAUCAAAGUGCUGCAUCAGCAUCAACGACGGAGAAUCCAAGAGAUAAUUUGGCUUCUUUAUAUCGUCCUCCUUUCCAUUUGAUGUUCCAAGGCUCAUUUGAAAAGGCAAAAGCAGUUGCUUCUAUGCAGGACAAAUGGCUCCUUGUGAACUUACAAUCCACGAAAGAGUUCAGCUCACACAUGCUUAAUCGGGAUACAUGGGCAAAUGAAGCAGUUGCUCAAACCAUCACAACCAAUUUCGUCUUCUGGCAGGUUUAUGAUGAUACAAGUGAGGGCAAGAAGGUUUGCACUUACUACAAGUUGGAUUCUAUUCCUGUUGUGCUGGUCAUUGACCCAAUCACUGGGCAAAAGAUGCGUUCAUGGGUUGGGAUGGUUCAACCGGAGAGUUUUCUAGAGGAUCUCGUACCCUUCAUGGAUGGUGGCCCACGAGAUCAUCAUGUAACUCUUUCCCAUAAGCGUCCAAGGGAAAGUGCUACUAUUCGACCUCAUAAUGCCAAAGUGUCCUCAAGUGAAACUCAUGAUGAAGAUAAGGAAUUGCAACGAGCAUUAGCUGCUUCUAUGGAAAGGGUUAAAGAUGCAGAUAUUGGUGAGAAAGAGGUAACUACUAUUGACAAUGAGCUAGAAACCUGUCCAAAAAAGAGCCCUGCCUAUCCACCUCUUCCCGAAGAAGCCAAGGGUGAUAGGAAGCUCCUAUGUAGAGUGGGUGUUCGUCUUCCAGAUGGACGCAGGGUUCAGAGAAAUUUCUUGCAUAUUGAUCCAAUACAGCUGCUGUGGUCAUUCUGCUACUCUCAACUUGGGGAAGCUGAGACGAGACAAUUCCGCCUGACACAGGCAAUUCCAGGUGCCAAAUCUCUAGAUUACGAGAGUAAGUUGACCUUCGGACAAUCAGGCCUGGACAAUUCUAUGGUCUUGGUUACUUGGGAAUGAGAAUUACACCAUUAGUUUAUUGUUGUUCUUCGGGAGGAAUGAAUUGCGGAGCCAUGGAUAAGUUUAUUUUAUGUAGAUAACCGAUGUGCGAGGCCUGAAGGUUGCAGUAAAUGUCAUCUUAGCUUUCUUUAGUAGUCAUGAAUUAUGUUUAUUAACAUCUGAUCAAACAAUUGUUUCUUUAUUUCAUUUGUUGGAUUUACUUUAAAUUAACAAACGAAAUACAGGAAUUCAUCAAUUGUGAUUUUUUUUGCUUGUAAUUUAUGUUCCCAAUAAUAAUACUUUUUGAGUCUUGACAGUUUCGGCCUAUUAGAAAUACUUCACAUUA